CUGUCGAAUUCACUGUCUGUAAGUGCGCCGCCAUUAUGACUAGCGAAAUAGAAAAAGCCUUUCUUAGAAAGAAAAUCCUCUCUAUUCUGACAGAUGGACGGACAGUGAAUAGCGUCACUUUCAAAAUUGGACCGGUACUGAAUGAAGCCGUUCAGCUGAUAAAGAUUAUUACCUAUGUUUCUAAUCCUCCCAACGAAUACAUACAAGGGCUUGUCUCUGAUAAGAAGUUCUACAUCAAUACAGUGUUUUCGAACGAGUCUGUUGUUUCAUUCAAAAAGAAAUAUGCCAGACGGUUCACCUACAAUACGUCGGGAUGCAUGCUACGAAUAACGGAAGCAGAUCUGCAUUUAUUUCCUUCGAGUUGUAUUGGGAACCCUAUCAAAUGCGAUUUGAAUGUCUCGACGCCGUUUAUGAAUGAUCCACCUGCUGAUCGCUUUCGAUCUGAUAUCAAAUUUGUCCCUGUGUUAUAUGUGCGAAAAUUCUCAUAUAUCGGUGCGGACGGUGCUCAGAUACUGGGAUCGCCGGUACCGAUCCGGCGUAAUAAGUCGAUAUGGGCUGCUAUAGCGAAGCGUAUCGAAUCUCUGCGCGAACAUACAAGUCAUAUAACGCCUAUAAUGCCAUCUGUAACCUCAACAGUACCUCAGCUUAAUGAGCCGACACAAUUUCGGUCAGUCAUAGCAGAAAACGACGCUGCGACGCAGGAAAAGUCGCCCGUCGUAGAUUCGGCCGAAACUUCUGGCACCAAUAAUAACUCCGCGCACUCAAUCAGUACUGUUCCAAUAUAUGAGACCCAGGCUUUACUGGCACCUUCAGUGAGAAUAUUAACAGAAGCUCAUAUUGAAAGUGCCACGGAAAACGUUGAUGAAGCUGCAGAAGCUGGGGGUGCGGCAGGAGUGUUGAAUAUGGAACAGCGGGUGUCAAGGGAGCCUGUGGACCAAAAUAACGAGCAAAUCACUGAAAAUCGAAACAUUCAAGAUAAAUCCACCGCAGACCCACAGAGUUCACUGCCAUCAUCACCUCUGCAGGUCGAGCCAAUGGUUGCAGUUCGGAUCCCCGAGAGUUCGCGUGUCUUGAAUGCGAGCGAUCCAUCAUCGACAAUCCCCGUACACCGAACGAUUGGUGGGGCGUCCAAAAAGAAGAGGAGGCUAUAUAUUAUGCCGCGGUUUCCGCCCGAAGAAGUAGAAUACUCAUCAAAACUCUCUGAUGAAGAAAAGAUGAGACGUCUGUGGGAGACAGCUUCAAAUGAUCGAGAUGAGUUUUUUCAAGAGAGCUGAAGAGGAUGGAGAAUGAUGGUCUUUUCUAAAGCUAUGAAAACAUAUUUGUUUAUUUUUGAGAGAAGAAACGCAAGGAUCUAGUGUGUUCCAUCUUCACCACGAACUUUUGUCCAUUCUCCUGCGCCAGUCUCUCUAGGUCUACUCUCUUCGGAAGACGUCGGUUUCGCAUCGCCAUAUAUGUACCGGACUAGCUCCUUCACCUCUCUUAUGUCAUCUGCCUCUAAGCUUCUCUGCUCCUCUUGGGAUAAAUGCAUCCUUCUGGAGACUGUAUAAUACU